GGUGAAGAGAGAGGCUUUUGCGAGACUGGGCUUGUGGAUGUGUGCAUGCAUUGCAAUGUUAGUCCUGAGCAGCCCGGCUGCAGAUGUGAUUCCUGAGGGCACAGCUGGGUCAAUUCGGCACCUGCAAGCUGGAACAGCUGUAUUCCAAGUCUCAGUGUUCCUGAAUGGGACUCUGAGAGGCGGAGAAGAGGGUGGGCAAAUAGGAGAGGCCAAGUCUGGAGGGUUGAGGCUCAUCGAAAGGAAGGAGGAGGAGGUGAAGAGGGAGGAACAAGGAGAGAGCCCGAGGCAGAGGAGGAGGUUGAUUGAGAAGAAGCUCGGCAGGUGGCCUUACCUGAGCAGCACGGGAGCUCUGGGAAGUGGAGGGAGGAGGUUGGAAGAGCCAGGAAUGAGAACGGACCGGUUUCCUGCACUGCUCCAGGACAGUUCUAUGCUCAAUCUCUCUCUGGCAGAUUGCGACUUAGCCUCAGAAGAGAGAACAACACUUCUUGCUACAUCUCCUAUAGUUGGCCAUAUACCUGAGAAGGAAUACUGUAAUGUUGCCUCAGGAGAGGCCACAGCAGAACCCCACGUGGUGGUCCUGCGGAGGUCUACCCUGGGGGAGCGUCUCUUUGGCAGCAGGAAGACGGUGAGCAUGUAUGGCUCCUUAGAUGAGCCUCAGAGGGAACAGAUUACGAAUGCUUGGCCCCAGGAUAGGUCAAGGAGACCUCGUAGUGUAUGUAUGUUUACCGCCUCCCAGUCCAACACUCUGCUUUUGACUAACGCAGGUAAAAUUGGCUGCUUGGACGUCCCCCAGCAGCGCAGAUCCAGGAGAGCUGAGCUCCGUGCUGUCGAUGGCCUCAAGACUGACAUGCCUCCCUCUUUCCGUCUGCCCCCAUACCCACAACAGGAGGUCCUAGCACACCGACCCCUACGAAGGAGUGGAAGACCACGGCCUGUUAGCAUGACUGUUCUGGAGCUGAAGGAGGCUAGCAGUUCCCAGCACGAGCUGGCUAACCGCACUUGUAGCGAUGCUGCUAGCCUGCCUCGCUCCGGCUUCAGAUGGAGACUGUUUGGUCGACAGGCACAGGAUAAGGAGGUUACAGCCAUGUCUGCACCUACUGGCAGCAAGCCAGAUGGACCAAAGAAGAAAUUUAGCUCCUUGCGGAGGAGCCUAAGCCUAAGGGUUAGGCGGAAUCGUAACCAGCCAGAGCAAGAUGGUACACGAGAAAGGGUACGGACAACGAGUGUAGGAGAGGAUGUAACGCGUUCUACUCGUCCAUUCUCUUAUCUGACUGGCAGGACAUUGUCUCCUGCUUAUGAGCAAGAUGAGGACCUGAGGGGUAAACAAUACAUAGAAUUCCAGACCAGGGGAAAGGUCUCAGUUAUAGAGGUCCCUUUAGCCCCUGUCAAACUCACCAAGCCUGUAAAAACAACUUCUGCAGAGCCUAACCUUUGGCAACUUAUCACUAGUCGCUUUAAGAGAAAAGGCCCAUCGUCCAGCAACAAAUCUGAGCCCUGCACUGAAAGCCAACCAGCUGGCAGAGAUCCCCCAGCCAGGAAUAAAAAACCGCUGCCUGUUGCCAUAGAGACACUAACUGGCAUUGACUUCAGCAAAGGUCAAGAUUCCUUUGUCAACAGUCAGGAGUGGACAUUGAGUAGAUCAGUGCCAGAGCUCAAAGUGGGCAUCGUGGGUAACCUCUCCAGUGGGAAGUCAGCCCUGGUGCACCGGUACCUGACGGGGACAUAUGUCCAGGAGGAGUCUCCGGAGGGAGGCCGGUUUAAAAAGGAAAUUGUGGUGGAUGGACAGAGUUAUCUCCUGCUGAUCAGAGAUGAGGGAGGACCCCCUGAGCUUCAGUUUGCAGCCUGGGUGGAUGCAGUGGUGUUUGUCUUCAGCUUGGAGGAUGAGAUCAGUUUCCAGACAGUCUAUAACUACUUCUUGCGGCUGUCCAGCUACAGGAACACAGCAGAGGUGCCCAUGGUGUUGGUAGGGACACAGGAUGCCAUCAGUGCCACCAACCCACGAGUAAUUGAUGACGCUCGCGCUCGUAAGUUGUCCAAUGACCUGAAGCGCUCCACCUAUUACGAGACCUGCUCCACCUACGGCCUCAAUGUGGAGAGAGUCUUCCAGGAUGUCGCUCAAAAGGUGGUGGCGCUGAGGAAGAAGCAGCAGUUGGCCAUCGGGCCUUGCAAAUCCCUGCCCAACUCACCCAGCCACUCGUCUGUCCCCGCUGCAGCCAUCCCCGCUGUACACAUCAAUCAGGCUGCUAAUGGAGGGGGUGCGUUCAGUGACUAUUCCUCCUCCGUGCCCUCCACUCCCAGCAUAAGUCAGCGGGAGAUGCGCAUAGAGACCAUCGCUGCCUCCAACACGCCUACACCCAUCCGCAAGCAGUCCAAGCGCCGCUCCAACAUCUUCACAUCGCGGAAAGCCAGUGAACAGGCAAAGAGCACUGACUGUAAAACAGACAGCAUAGGCAGUGGAAGGGCCAUUCCCAUCAAGCAGGGCAUUCUCCUCAAGAGAAGUGGGAAAUCGCUGAAUAAGGAGUGGAAAAAGAAGUAUGUCACGCUGUGUGAUAAUGGCCUUCUCACUUACCAUCCUAGUUUACAUGAUUACAUGCAGAAUGUCCAUGGUAAAGAGAUCGACUUGUUGCGGACGACAGUGAAGGUGCCAGGAAAGAGGCCACCCAGGGCUGUCGCUACGGUUGCUCCAACUGCUAGCCCCAAAACCAACGGUUUAACCAAGGACAGAAGCACUCUACAGCUCGGUAUUGGAGCCACCGGUGCUCCUCAUUCUAACAGCAGUACAUCUUUGCAGUCCGGGGGCUCAGCUGCUGGGAUGGGCAUGGCUGCUGUGGGCGGAGUUAAAGAGGGAAUGCACCAGCGCUCCUUCUCCGUGUCCAGCGCUGAGCAAUGGAAUGAGGCUGUUAACACCAGCAGCACCGCAGCCAAUGGAAUGACAGACCCUCUGAGCAGCACUCCUGGCAUGGGUGGAGCCACCAGCCCCAAACUGGAGCCACCCCCUUCGCCACAUGCGAACCGGAAGAAGCACAGGCGGAAAAAGAGCACAGGCAUCACCAAACCAGAUGGGCUGUCGGCGGGAAAUGAAGAGCAAGAAGAGUCUUUUGAAUUUAUCAUUGUGUCACUGACGGGACAAAUGUGGCAUUUUGAGGCAUCUACAUAUGAAGAACGGGAGCUCUGGGUCCAAGCCAUCGAGAGUCAGAUAUUUGCCAGCUUACAAUCAUGCGAAAGUAGCAAGAAUAAGUCUCGAUUAGGGAGCCAGAGCGAUGCUGUGGCCAUCCAGUCCAUCAGGAAUGUAAGAGGCAACAGUUUCUGUGUGGACUGUGACUCCCCCAACCCAGACUGGGCAAGUCUGAAUCUGGGUGCUCUGAUCUGCAUCGAAUGCUCAGGGAUCCACCGAAAUCUGGGCACUCACCUGUCCCGUGUGCGCUCUCUGGACCUGGACGACUGGCCCGUAGAACUGAGCAUGGUUAUGACUGCCAUCGGUAACGCUAUGGCCAACAGUGUGUGGGAGGGGGCUCUGGAGGGCUACACCAAGCCUGGAGCCGACAGCACCAGGGAGGAGAAGGAGCGCUGGAUCCGGGCGAAGUAUGAGCAGAAACUCUUCCUGGUGGGGCUGCCACAGUCAGAUGUGCCACUGGGUCAGCAGCUGCUGCGGGCUGUGGUGGAGGACGACCUGAGGCUGGUGGUGCUCCUGCUGGCUCAUGGCACCAAGGAGGAAGUCAAUGAGACCUAUGGUGAUGGAGAUGGACGCACUGCCCUGCACCUGUCCUGUGCCAUGGCAAACGUUGUUAUCACACAGCUCCUCAUCUGGUAUGGCGUGGAUGUGAAGAGUCGUGACGCCAGGGGUCAGACGCCCCUAUCCUAUGCCCGGCGGGCAGGAAGUCAAGAAUGUGUUGAUAUCCUCAUCCAACACGGGUGCCCUUCCGACAGUGGCGGCCUCUCCACACCAACCACCACCCGGCACAACCCCAAUAUCAACAACAACAACGCACAGUGCGAGCUCAACCGUAGUGUCAGUAUCAUGUAGACCGUGGGAGGACGUUCUCUUGCGCAUACCCGAACCCAUACUGUAAGCCUUGAGUGUCCCAGUGCCCUGAUACUGUGACUUCCUUCCCUUCCUUCAACUGUGUCCACAUGGUUUCGCAAUGAACUUCCACUGUUCGCCAUGUCACCUCCAGGUUACUUUUGUGAAAUGCCAUCUCUUGGCCAAGACACGGUGACCCCAUUUGCUGACCAUUGCUACUGUGUCAAGUCUAGACUUAACUGUGUAGAUGCAGAUGUGCAAGGUCACCCCUCUCUCUAUCCAUAACUUACUGUUGUGACAGACCCUAAUAUCCAUGGACAGACUGCAACAUGAAUCCAUUAACUCAGUGUAGGAGAAAUGUGUAGCAGAAAGGAUUGGUCAGGAGGGUAAGAGGAGAAAUGUUUCAACACUUCAGUUGAGACUCCACACAAUAUAUUACCUAUGACAUAGUCUUUGGUCAGACUCCAUACUAAUGAUGGACUUUUGGAUUUUUUCCCCCCCAAGACUAAGUUCAUGCGUUUAUGCAAGUUUCCUAUGAAGUUAGAUAAAGAAAAACACUGUAGAAUAGAGCCCUGUAAGCUGAUUAAGGAAGACUUCAACCUGUGUGAUUGCACCAUCUAACAAGGUACAACUCAUCUGACUUAAUUUUCCUUCUUGCAUUCAGCUCAUCCAAGAAUUUCUUCAGUGUUCAUCAAACUAGAUGGCUUGCUAAGAAUACCUCUUCAGUCGGACCGAAAA